GUUGUAAUAUCUUUAAUAGGAGGUACAAAUAUUUAGAGUAUUGGUGCUUGGAGAAGAAGAGAUGGGACAAAGCCAGUAUCAAGUGAUGUGCUUUGUUACACGAUUCAGUAAAAAUGAAUUUAUUUCUGCUGAUGCAAUGUCUAAACUUAGACAGAGAAAUCCUGGUGCUGUUCGCCAGCCUGAGGAUGAUAAAGGAAAAGAAAUUUUUGAUAUGGAUUUGAGCAUUGAGCUCGAUAAGUCUUCCGUAAUUUCUAUCCACCUUCCAUUAUUUUGUGAUGAGGCUGUUAAUGCCACUUUUGCCAGGGAAAUUGACCUGCGUGCCUGGGCUAGCCCAAAAGCCUUGAGCAGAGAUAUAGUAUCCCUGACGUCUUCUGUGAAGAGGUUUCCCCCACCAAAGCCCGUCCGGUGUAACUCCACUAGUAAUUUAUGGCAGCCAUGUCAGUGUCACUUAGAAGCAUGUGUUGGGUGGUAUCCAUGUGGUCUUAAAUAUUGUCGUGGCAAAGACUCUAGUGGUAAAAUUAUGAGUUAUCGUUGUGGCAUUAAAACGUGCCGCAAGUGCCGUGCUUUUAACUACCAUGUCCAACAAAAGCAGCUAUGUUUAUGGGAUGAAUAGACUAUUCAUAAUAGUGCCAUUGUUCCUUAUUGUAAUGCUUUUUGAAAGAUAAUUGCAAGUCAGAAUAUUCUUAUAUCAUAAUUGGCAAUUUUUAAAAGAAAUUGUUGAGACCAAUGUAUUUGUUUUUUGAUUUUGUUUCUAUGCCUGAAUAUUAACUUGUAUAUGGAAAAUGGCUGUCCACUAUGUAUAUAUUUUUGUGCAUAAGCAUAUUAUUAGUAAUUUUUACAACUAAUAUUUCAGAAAAAUUUUAAAUACCAAUAUUUGCUUCAUUUUUGAUUUAAUGAACAAAAUGGAUUUUAACUGCAACAACAAAGUACAAAGGAAAGUGAUUUGUUUUUAAUUAUUACAGAAUGUAUAGUAAUUUGUCAAUUAAAAAAAAUAUAUACAUAUUUGUAAGUAAUACUCAGGUAAAAAAAAUGGAGGGGAAGUACUUUUUACAAAAGAGAAAUUUUUACAUAAAAUAAUUUCAUAUAGUUGAAAUUAAAGUUUAACUAAAGAACAAAUACAAUGCUGAGAUCUUAACUGUAUGAUUCUAAAAAAAUAAAAAUAUAAAAUUGUUGAAAGUAAUUGAUCAUUAUGUCAUUAAAUUUUAAUUUUCAUAUAUAUAUAUAUAUAUAUAAUGUGUGUGUGUGUAUAUAUUAUCAAUAUGAAUAUUCGAAUAUGAACAUAUUUCAGUUCAUAAAUGACCAAUAUUCUGUGAUGGCUCUUUUCAAUCAUCACAGUUAUGAACACGAAUGUUCAUACUUCCAACUUGUUUAUUUGUUGAAAAAGUGUGCCAAUUUAGAAUGAUACUACAGAUCAUAUCUGUAUUUCUAUUGAUGUUUGUUGCAGUUAAAACAAUGUUGUGCAAAAUUAUAAAUUGUAUCAAGACGUUCUAAUAUUUAUUAAGAUGAAAAUAAUAAUUAAAAAUGAAGCUAGCAUCUGUUAGAAAUAUGAAAUGAUUCAUUGGAAUGAUGGAAAAUAUAAUUGCACAUCAAUAUGAAUUCAAAUUCUUAUGUGAAAUAUGCAGAAGCAACUAUUUGCCUCCUCUCUUUAUGUACUGAAUUCAUGUCUGAUUGAUUUGUAUUUUAACAGCAUUUUUUGUGUGUUUGUUAUAUGAAGAUAAAAAUUAGAAAAUUUUUUUAAAGAUUUUCUAUAAAAUGUUAGAAAUAUGCAUCCAUAGUUAAAUUAUUGAGUUUCUUUAAUAACUGUAACACAAAGAGAUGAUUAUAAAGUAUUUUAAAAAUCCAGAAAAAUAUAAGAUUUAUUUUCUUUUAUGUUUAACUUAGUUUAAUUAAUAAAAUUAUUAAUUUUUGAGAUAAUUAUAUAAUUAAUUUU